CUACUGUCUUUGUGACGUGGUUGUUUUUACAUUUAGCGUUACAUUAUGCAAAGAUAAAUAACAUGCUCGAGUCCACUUGAUAACAGUUAUCAAAACGUGACGCAACAUCCGUGUACUUCAUGGUGGCGUUCAGGACAGUUGUUACACGCAUGCCCUGUGAAGUGAAGCCUCGGUUCGUGGUUCUGUACGGGUCUCAGAAGGGCCAGGCCCAGUCCAUAGCAGAAGGGGUUGCUGAGGUGGCGGAGGAGCACGGACUGGUUGCUGAGCUCAGCUGCUUGAACCAAAGUGAGAAGUACAAUUUGGAGAAGGAGAGUGCCCCAGUGGUCUUUAUUGUGUCUACUACUGGAGACGGGGAACCGCCAGACAAUGCCCUCCAAUUUGUAAGGCGCAUCAAGAAGAAGACCCUCUCCACUGACCACUAUAAACACCUUUCGUAUGCACUUUUAGGUUUAGGAGACACAAAUUAUGCAAAUUUCUGCAACGGUGGGAAGACAAUUGAGCGUCGUCUACAGGAACUUGGAGCCAAACAGUUCUAUGCAACGGGAUAUGCAGAUGAUGGUGUAGGGCUGGAAGUGGUCGUGGACCCCUGGCUUGAAGGACUGUGGAGUGCAAUCAAAGGAGCCUUAUCAAAAAUGGCUUCUGCUAGGACUGGUUACUUGAAAGGAGAAGAAGGGGAUUCACCAAAGGAAACUCGUGAUUCAUCCAUACCAGAUGUCCAACUAAACCUCUUAAGCGUCACUGACCACCAGAACUGCGAGUCGGUCGGAGUAUCUGUACAGACGGUCUCCAAUUUUGCAUCUGCUGCUUCGCCUUCAUCUUUGGCUGCACAGACUGCUGUUUCUGAUCCCAGGCCAGCUUCUCCUGCAGAGAGCCCUGGGUUGGCAACCCAGUCUCCUGGUGCUGCCAGUGUUUUUACAUCAGUACCGGAGACACAAAUCAGGGAUGCUGGAGUUCCCGAUGUUGCAUUGGCAGCCUCUCUGACACACUCCCUGCCGCCGCUGUCUGAGUCUUCUCUUAAUGUUCCUGCUCUGCCUCCUCCCUACCUUGAUGUCUCUCUUCAGGAGGUAGACACUGUGGAACAGAUUGUUGGACCGUUAAACAAAGAUGCUUUCCAUGAGGUUCCCAUAUCCAGGGCUGUACAGCUGACCAGAGGAGAUUCAGUCAAGAUGGCUCUGCUCUUAGAGCUGGACAUCUCUGAUUCCUCGAAGAUGACAACCUAUCAGCCAGGGGAUUCGUUUGAAGUGUUCUGCCCAAACAGGGCCACAGAGGUGGAGGACAUGCUCCACAGAUUGGGCCUUCAUGACCACAGGAACCAUAGAGUGCACAUUUCUCUACGUAAAGACACUAAGAAAAAAGGCGCCCAGGUCCCAUCCUACAUGUCCCAGAACAUUUCUCUGCUGUACCUCCUCACAUGGUGUCUAGAGAUCAGAAGUGUUCCUAAGAAGGCAUUUCUCCGAGCUCUGGUGGAGCACACGGCGGACAGUGUGCAGAAGAGGAGACUGCAGGAGCUCUGCAGUAAACAAGGCGCCGCAGACUACAACCUGUACGUGAGAGAUCCGAGCCUCAGCGUUUUGGAGCUUCUGGCAGUCUUCCCGUCCUGUUCGCCUCCUCUCAGCCUCCUCAUAGAGCAUUUGCCGAAACUGCAGCCCAGACCUUAUUCAGCAGCCAGCUCCUGUCUUAGGCACCCAGGAAAGCUGCAUUUUGUCUUUAACAUAGUAGAGUUCCCAGCGUGCUCUGGGCGGCCUGCAGGGAGGCGAGGCUUGUGUACCAGUUGGCUGUUUGACCUCAUCAAUCCUGUCCUGGUUUUCCCUGGGAAGGCUGAAUCCUCCGGCAGCCUGGCUCUGCCAAAGAUCCAUGUGAGUUUGAGACCCAGCUGCUCAUUUCGGCCUCCCUCUGACCUGUCGGUGCCGUUCAUAAUGGUUGGACCAGGCACAGGAGUUGCCCCCUUUAUUGGAUUUCUCCAGCAAAGAGAGAAUGAGAGGCGGGAGAACCCUGAGGCCACAUUUGGCGAGACCUGGCUGUUCUUUGGUUGUCGCCACAGAGACAGAGACUACCUGUUCAGAGAGGAGCUGGAGAGCUUUGUGUCCAACGGUACCCUGAGCCACCUCAAGGUGUGUUUCUCCAGAGACGAGGAGGAGGAGGAGGAAGAGGUGACCAAGACCUCAGCAGCACGACCCAGAUACGUCCAACAUAACCUGCUUCUCAACAGCCAGCACAUAACUGACAUCCUGCUCAAACAGAACGGCUAUCUCUAUGUGUGCGGGUAAGAAAUCUCAUCCCUCUUAUA